ACUUCGAAACGGUCAAAGCGGGCAACUGCCAUUCAAAAUUCUGUUUUCUAGGCGAAAGCAAGUCACACAACCCAUCUCCUCUCUUUUUGCUUGCUGUUCUGCGAUUCUAAAGGAUAUGCCUCGUCAAAAAUCCGAGAGUCGAUCGGGAGGAUCGGUGCGCCGGCAAAGCAGUCGCAGCAGCCACAAUUUUGCCGCCAAGCCGUCUCGGGGAAGCAGCAAGGACCUGCCGGCGGUGCAGCAGCCGAAGGAGUCCCAUCCCGCAACAGCGCCUCCGGCAGCCUCUACCACUCCCGCUGCCGAGGCUAAGGGCCCUAGCACAGGGGAGCGGUUCAAGGACAUGGCCACCACAGCUGCGGGCGUGGCAGCAGGAUCCGCCGUGGGGCACGCUGUGGGCGCAGGACUCACCGGGAUGUUCCAGGGCCGCGGGCAGACAGCUGCGCCCCAGGAGAAGACGCAACAGCCGCAGGAGGGGUCCUCCGCUCCGAGGCCACUGCAACUCGUGGAGGACGGUCCUUGUGCCUUCGAGCUGAGGCAGUUCCUCAAGUGCACCGAGCAGCACGGCAAGGACCUCUCGGCUUGCCAGGAAUUCAACGAGGCGAUGCAGCAGUGCCGCCGGCGAUACAACGUCUGAGAUCACGAACCCCGAGGAACAGACCGUUAAAUGCAAAAGAUCACACAAAUAUACCUUUGAAAUUUGAGAAAAAACAUACCAUUAUCAGUGGGAAAGCAAAAUUCGUAAUGUCGGAGAAUUUACAUAAGUUCUAUUUCGUAAUGCAGUUUUUUCCUCCACAAAACCAUUUUUUGAUUCCAGAAGUCGGCUUUUUUGCCAUAACUAAAGAAAAACUCACUCAAAGAAAAAAUGUGAUACCUCGUUGAAUUCGUAAUACAAUUCCCCAUCGACUGGCAUAUCCACCAAAAAAUUUUUUUUGAGCCCAAAUUUGAAAAAAAAAAUACAUUGUUUCCUCUUACAAAAAAUG